UUUGUAGAGGUUUGGUUCAAGAACCCUUUGUGGAUACUAAAAUCCGUGGAUCCUUGAGUCCCAUUAAAUACAGUGGCAUAGCAAAAUUGUAUCCCUUACAUGAAAUGGCAGAAUCAAGUUUGCUUUUCAGAUUUUGUGGGGGAAUAUUUUUAAGCCAUGGAUGAUUGGAUCUGUCUAUAUGGAGGAUCAAUUGUACACAGCAAUGCAAAACAAGAACUAGUAUUUAUUUACCAUUAUCUACUAUCAUGGUUCCAGUAGGAGAUACCUAUUUUAAUUAUGUUGACAGAAUGGUCUUAGCUAGUAAAGUGACAAAUGCUGGUGAGAGCAGAAAAUAAUUCUUCAGCUUUUUCUUAAGAGUAUAUAUUCUGGGCUUAUUUCACACAUUUUUGCACACCUUGCACUAUUUCCUGCAGUAUUUUUCUUCAGAUGAGUUGUCAAGGAGCAGUGAUCUUCACGUAAAUUAAGCCUUUUCCUUAAAUAAAAUGCUUGGACACUUAAAUGUCAGAAAUCCACACAAAGUUAGAUUUGAUUUCUAUCAGCCUAGCCUCUCAUUCACCUGGCGUGUCAUUUUUUCAAGCUGUUCUCUUUUGACAUAUGGUUGCUCUCAUUAUGCCCAAUAAGCACAUUUCAAUGAAACCAGGUCACAUCGCUACCCAGAUAACGUCCAGGUGCAGUUUUUCAUCCACUUUGGGUACAAUUUGCAGCCUAUUUUUGCACAGCUACGCAAUCUGUUUCAGGGUUGUGGGGGUUCGUUGGACUAGAUCUCCCUGCAACCCUAUCCUGUAGUGAGAGAUGAGGCUUCCAUGUUACUCGUCCUUGAUUUGUACUGAGGUCUCUGCUUGUUUAUACUCAUGAUGGGCAAAUCAGACACCUUGCUCAUGACAUCUUCAUGCAGUGGGCUGCAAAGCCAUGGUAGUUCAUGCCAGAAGGUUAGCAAACACUUUAAAAUUUACACCUAAAUUGUAACCUGUGAAGAACAUCUUUCUCUACAAGUGGUCAGAGUCUUUUUAUGACCAUGCUCAAUAUACCUGAAUAAGAAAACUUUUUUAAAUGGAAGAUUUUGAACCAUGGAAACUUGAACAUGGUAAAUUUGCGUGAUAUGGAGUAACAGCUGUUUAUUCCCCCUGAGCUCUUAUGGCGUGUAUCUCCAAGAUGGCAUAUUUAAAACAGGUGGGUAAAGUGUGGCACUUCAGACUGCAGUUUCAGUAUCUUUCACCAUUGUAUAUGAUGGCUAGGACUGCUGGGAGAAAUCACCAAAGGUUUCAGUGGGUUUGGAUGGGAAUCAGCUGUUCAUGCCCGGUUCUGUGUUGGAACAUCUCCCAGAUGGUUGCUUAGCAGACUUAAAUGGUUAACUACAGAGUUUUAGGAUGUAACAUUUCUUAUGAUACCACAGGUGCUCUACUUGAUGGUAUUUUGCCACCUUCUUCUGACUCACUCGCAUUUUCUGGGAAACCUUUUGCAAAAGUUUAAUUAUGAAGUGCUAUAUUUAGAGAAUUCAAUUUAAAUGGAGAUUUUGUAGUCCUUCAGAUAAUGCUGGACCUCAGCUCCUGAAAGACCUUGCCAGCAUAUUCAGUAGUGAUUAAUGUUGUCACUUGCAGUUCAACAGCUAGAAAGGUGCACAAUUCCUGCUCCUGAUUCAAGGCAUUUUUUGGAUAAGAUCCUGCAUCAGCUGGUGUAUUGGAAAAUUCCAUCCAAGCAGCACAAUGAUAUGUCUUACCUCCCACGGGAUUCACCGUCCAUGUCCAAUUAGUAGGCAAUGGGCCAAAACAGUGCAGUGACCAAAAUUUCAAUCUGCAGGUUUAAUAUGACACCUGGAUAUCUCAUUGAUAGGAUGCCAGCCUAUAUCUUGUUCUGGAUCUCGAAUGGUUCGCAGAAUAUCCAUAAAAGAAGAUAGUCUUUGCAGGCUUACCAUCUUAAAGACAUUACACAAAUGUAAAAGGGAAAGGGAAGGUAUUUUUAAAAAGUCAGGUAGUCUUUUAGCAAGGAUUUGAUGUAACGAUUGCUUCUGAGCUGUUAAAAUCUGGCUAUCAAGAUUGAAACUUAGGCGCCUUUAGGAUGUAUGUCUAUUGGAAUAGCCCAGAAUCCCAUCUUGGUUCACUCUACUUUCGUUACUGUGUUCAUUGGGGUUAAGGCAAUGGUUCUCAAUCAUAGGUCCUUGUAUUUUGCUCCUGGAAAUCACACCCAGCAUGGCCAAUGAUGAAGGAUUCUGGGAGCUGAAGUCCAAAACAUCUGGAGGCUAAAGGUUGAUAAUAAUUGAGUCAAGCAACACAGAUACUUAUUGUAAUCUGUUUAAGGACCUUGAAGUAUACCAGUUUUGUGUCUUUCUAUCUUACCUUCUCAACCCUUCUGUCGAAUUACUCUCAGAUAAUAAGGUACAGAAUUAAUAUCCUUGAGUCAUCCCACUGGAAAGCCAGUGUGAUAUAGUGGUUUGAGUGUUGGACCAGGACUCUUGGAGACCAGGCAAACACCCUCGGAACAAAUCUGUGUUAAGUAAAGCCAACUAAGGGUUGCAUAAAUCAGGAUUCCUUAAGAAGUCAGUUACUUUUACACGGAGUGUACAGAACUGGAUUCAGAUAGUUUAAAUACACUUUGUGGAAAAGCUGGCAUCGUCUCUUCCUUGAGAAGAAGCAUUUCCUAUGUUCAGCUGGCAGUACUCAGACCCAUAAAUUAUGGUGCAUUUGACUCUGAAGCAAUAUUGGUUUUGGAGAAGGUGUUGGUCAUAAGAUAGCACAAUGAAAUUUGUGGCAGAUUUUUAAAUAACCUUUAUGUGUGCCAGGUUCAGAGUAGUUCAUUUUGGCACUGCUAAGGCACUCAGAAACUUUCCAUUCAAUAUACUGAUGCAUCUGGGCAUGAAGAUAGGAGCAUUGUGUUACUCUUGUCCUUCUCCAGAGGAUAUGUGUUGCAGUGUGUUUUCCAUUGCAGAUAGAAGUAAAUAACUGCUAAGUAUGUAGAACUGGCACUGUAUUUGUACCAUUGACUAAAACUCCUUCUUUACUGGAAAUCUGCUAUGGAGUGGUAUCUGUCCUUGACUUUGAGAAGCUCUCUUUUUCUGGCCAUCUUGUUGAUAUCUCAAUAUUGCAUAAAGCUUCGCUUCAUCUUUGUAAUAUUCUUUCACCUCACUUCAGUAUAUAAAAGUACACUUAGAUGACAUAUUUUAUUUUAUUUUAUUUUAUUUACAGUAUUUCUAUUCCUCCCUUCUCACCCCGAAGGGGACUCAGAGUGGAUGACAAUGUACAUAUACAUGGCAAACAUUCAAUGCCAUUAGACAUACGACCACACAGACAAAGACACAGAGACUAUUUAACAUUUUCCAGCUUCUGGCUUCAUGAGGGUAUGCUCGAUUCCGGCCACAGGGGGAGUUGCUGGUUCAUCGUCCACUGUGACACUGAGUCCUUGAUGGAGUACUUUCUCAUCUUCUGCAUGCACGCUGCUGAAGAUUUUUAUGGUGAUGUAAAUUUAUUUAUUUAUUUAUUUAUUUAUUUAUUUAUUUAUUACAACAUUUAUAUCCCACCCUUCUCACCCAACAGGGGACUCAGGGCGGCUUACAAUAAAACACACAUAUAAAAACUGUACAGUACAUUAUACAUCAGAUUAAAAUUAUUAGCUUACACCAGCAAAUUUGUUAAAUUAGCCUCCUUGCAUAAGCAGUCCCUAAAUAUUCCUACUUGGCAGAUGCAACUGUCUUUCAGGUUGCUUAGUUAAACAAUGAGCUAGGCUAUUUAAUGGUCGGGCACUCAAUCCGACCUGGGCUUCGAACUCAUGACCUCUUGGUCACUAGUGAUUUAUUGUAGCUGACUACUAACCAGCUGCGCCACAGUCCGACUCAUAGAAAUGAUCCCUUGUUAUCAUUAUAAGGUUCCCCAGAUAGCAUAUAAGGUAUAUACACUCCCUCUCCUUCUGUCUACUUCUGAGUGCAGUAAUGAUGGAUCUGGGUCUGCCUUUUCUCUCCCUCUAAGAUCAGGGCAGUGGCAGCUGAGAGUUUCUGCUCUGAGCUCAUCUGCUUCUGAGCUUAAGAAAACCUUAGGACAGUGGUUCUCAACCUGUGGGUCCCCAGAUGUUUUGGCCUUCAACUCCCAGAAAUCUUAACAGCCGGUAAACUGGCUGGGAUUUCUGGGGGUUGUAGAUCAAAACACCAGGGGACCUACAAGUUGAGAACCACUGCCCUAGGAAUUGUAUGGGAUCGCCACAAGUCAAAAGGUAACUUGAAGUCACAUACACACACAUAUAAGGCAAAAUACUGAGACUUGCCAAGAUCUUGACAUCUUUUUUUCAGCAGUUACAGCCUUUAGCAGACCAUACGAUGCAGCUGAUGGGAACUCUGACUUCACAAUGGUAUAAGACUGCUCUAGUCUAUUAAGCUUCUCCCCCCACCCCCAAUCUCCCAAUUGUUGUAUUAUGUUAUAUAGCCCUUCAUAGUUAACAGGUUUGCUCUGUACCUAGUGAGAAGUCGGGAUGAAGUGUUGAAUUUCCUAUUUUUCCCAGUAUUGAAAGAACCAGGAUUUGUAACAUCAACUGAACAUUUCCUCUCACUGUCCAAAGUAUUCUGAUGUGCUCAAAAGGCCAUAGUAAAGUCAACUAAGGGUUGCGUAAACUAAGUGUUCCUGCUCCCCACAUUCUGUCAUUGCCUCCACAUCACCAUCUUCCUUCCAGCCUGUUCUCAGCUGUAUGCAUCAUUUGUUCCAUUGUCAACCCUGCAUGUGAUGCAAGCAGCAGCAAGUGAUAGUCCUUCUGCCACAACUCCUGUUUCCUUCCCAUUGGAAUUUACCAGGCUUUCUGGCACAUCUUUGGUGUUCUGUCUCUCAUCCCAGUCCUCCAGUGGGAUUGUCCAGCUGUACCUUUGGAUAAGGCAGAUCAGCUUUGUGAACAGACAAUGUCUACUGUUCUACAGAGGUUGCUGUGUAACAUUGCUGUGAGGCGGAGCGUGGGUGGGACAAACAAAUGAUAAAACCAAUGCAAUAAUUAACUCAAAACAUUAACCUCAUCUUGGCAUGGUAGCAGUAAUACUAGUGGGGAAGGUUGCAGAAAUCCAAAUGACUUUAUUGACCAUUUAAUAAUAAAAUAAAUGUGCCCUCUAUUACCAAAGGUAGUACUGUUUUCAAAAGACUGUCCUAUUUAAGCGAAAAAGUAACCAUAAUUGAGAGAGGUGGAGAUUAGAGACCCAAAUGUUGACACAAUUAAUACAGGAGGCCCUUGGUAUCUGUUUUGGUUUAGUGCCAUGACUCCCUCAUGGAUACCAAUAUCCCUGAAUGCUCAAGUGCUAUUAUAUACAAUAGCCACAUGACCUUGGAGGUGUCUACGGACAACGCCAGCUCUUCGGCAUAGAAAUGGAGAUGAGCACCAACCCCCAGAGUCAAACAUGACUGGACUUAACGUCAGGGAAAACCUUUACCUUUACCUAGAAUAAUACUUAUUUAAAAUGGCAAAGGGCUGCUUUUUGGAAUUUUGCAUGGGAAUAUUUUUAAGAUGACUGUAUCCAAACAUAGCCUGAGUAGGCAUACGUGUCUUCUGCUCAAAAUAUUCCCCACUUAUAGAGUUGUGAAAAUAAUUGUAAAACUUCCUACUUUUGCAUGUCUAUAUAAAUUAUGCAAUUACUUUGUUACAAAUUUGUAUCUUCUGUUUUGAUUAUUUUUUAGUUGCACCCCUAGGGUUUAUGUAUUUGCUUUAAAAGCAGAUCACAUAUGGCAUUGUUAGUGGCUUUGUUGUGCAUGUCUUCAAGUACUUAAGGUCAUGGGGUUUUCUGGGACUGAGAGUGUGUGACUUGCCCAUGAUCACCCAGUGAUUUUCCACAACCAAGUGUGAAAUUGAACUCUGGUCUCCAGAGCUGUAAUUCAACACUUGAACCACUACACAAUGACAAACACAAUGACAAACACAUUCCCUACACAGUGAUCAACACAAUGAUCAUCCUCUACCCUACCUUUUAACUGAUGCCCAAAUGCCUACACCUAGCUGAUGGAGAAUGAGGGAGCAGAAGAAAUGUCUAGCUAUGCCCCACAGUACCGACUUUAUUCUCCUGGAUCUCAGGACAUAUCUUAGCUGUUCUCCUGUUAUCUGUUGACCAGGAAAUUGACGUGGGGGUGGCAGUGUUGGAAAUUAGCUAAAAGUGAGGGUUUAUGUUGUGAAGUAGAAAAUACUUCAUUGUUCAACCAAUGUGGAACUUUACAUCACAUCUCCUUUUCCAGAAUCUGAGCCAUUAAGACAUCUAUGAUGAUCUGUAUUUGAACUGAACCAGUAAUCAAUUAAUACAUCUAUUUUAAACAGUACAGUGCUUUCCCCUCCCCUCCUCCCAUGUAUCUGUCCAUUGCAUUUACCCAGAUUCACAUAAACACAUUAGAGAGCAGUACAGCAAGGAGAUAAGCUUCUUUUACUGCUUUUCUAAUUGCACAUGUGUUGAAUUGUAAAGUGAUUUUGAGGGCAAAGGUCCUUAACAAGGAAGGAAGGUCGCAUUUGUCAUGGUCUACAGCCAUAGUUAAGAGGAAAUGCUGUGUGUAAUUAUUAUUCUAAAAUUGUGGAAGGAUUUUAGGACAAAAAUCGCAAAGAAAAUCUCAAAACUAGUUGGGAACGAAUGCGCAAAGGACUGAAUUUGCUGUGGCAGCCAACCAGUGCUUUUUCUGUAGGAAUGGGACAGAGUAUCUUAAGGCAGCCAAAGCUGUAAUAACUACAUUAUUGGGCCUGAGUGCUUUCAGGUGAACUGUGUGAGAAAGAGCUGGAUUCCUCCUAUCCCUUUCUUGCCCAUGGAUGUAGUGGAUGAAAAUGAGGCUUUGCAGCAGUUUUUUGAAGGGCAAGAUGUCCAUAGAGCAUUGGAGAAUACAAUGAUGGAUACACACAUGCUGGAAGAGUUCAUAGAUUGUGACCUCAAAUUAUUUGGAAACCUGCAAAACAAGCUACCCGAUUCCCCACCAGAUUCAGGAUCAGAGCCAUAUUCACCACCACACUCCAAAGGACUAACUAAUAAGUUUCCUGGCAAAUUUUUGGAGGCGACUAGUAAGAUGAAUCCUAAUGGUCAAGUCUGUCCUGCAUAUCAGGACUGCUCUCUGAAGACAGGAAAUGCUGUCACGUCCUGGAUGAGUUCUACAUCUACAAACAACUUUGGUUUACAUGGCUCUCCAGUAAGAACCUCUCUCAGUCCUAGCCUUUCCUUGACAUCUAAAAAGAGGAAACGACCUGAGAUGUUGGAGGACUCCCUAGAAUUUCUAACAUGGCCUGGCGACAUUGGACAAAUGCCUGUUAAAGACUUUUCUUCCGACAUGCAAGUUUAUGACUGUGACAGACAGAGUGUGGGGUCUGUUGAAAAAUGCUGCCAGUCCCUUACAUGGCAGCCAUAUCGAAAAUCGUCCUGGAGUAGCCUGUUUAAUCAUAAUUACGAAAAACUCCCGGAUGUGGGAUAUCACAUCGUAACAAACAAAGGAUUUAAUUUCUCAGCAGUAGAUGAUGCUUUUGUCUGUCAGAAGAAAAAUCACUUCCAGAUCACGGUCUAUAUUCGAGUGGUUGGAAAUCCAGCAUUUGUCAAAACCCACUUGGGGCUGAAGCCUGUGGAAAUGUUCUGUUUAAAGGCUUUUGGUAUAAAGGUGGAUGCCCCCAAUCAAGUAAUUGUUAUUGAACAAUCUCAAUCUGACCGAAGCAAAAAGAUUUUCUCUCCUGUUAAAAUUAAUCUGCCAGGAGACCAGGUGACCAAAGUAACCAUGGCAAAAUUGCACUUUAGUGAAACAACAGCAAAUAAUAUGAGAAAGAAAGGAAAGCCUAACCCUGAUCAAAGAUACUUUAUGCUAGUGGCGGGAUUAUAUGCUGUCAGUCAAGACCAGUCUUAUUUGGUGGCUGCUCAUGUCUCAGAAAAGAUCAUUGUCAGAGCCUCUAACCCUGGACAAUUUGAGAAUGAUACUGAUGCAUGCUGGCUACGAGGACAAGUUCCCGAAACAGUUAUUUGUCAUGGUCGAGUUGGGAUUAACACAGAUGCACCAGAUGAAGCUUUGGUUGUUUGUGGAAACAUGAAAGUUAUGGGAGCAGUCAUGCAUCCAUCUGACAGUCGAGCCAAGCAAAAUAUCCAAGAGGUUGAUACGCACGAACAGCUGAGAAGAAUAGCACAGGUGAGACUUGUGGAAUAUGACUACAAGCCUGAAUUUGCAUCUGCUAUGGGAAUUAACCAGAUCCAUGAAACAGGAAUAAUUGCUCAAGAAGUUCAAGAACUUUUACCCAGAGCUGUAAGAUCUGUUGGAGAUGUUGUGUGUGAAAAUGGAGAAAAAGUUGAUGAUUUCCUGAUGGUUGAUAAGGACCAAAUUUUUAUGGAAAAUGUGGGUGCUGUGAAACAGCUCUGCAAAUUAACAAACAAUCUCGAAGUGAGGAUAGAAGAGUUGGAAGGAUGGAAUAAAACACUGGCUAGACUGAAACGGACCAACAGCUAUAAGUCAACGACAACUACUGAAAACAACCCAAUGAAGAAAUUUAGCCAAGUUGGUUCUUACAUACCACCAAGAAAACCAGUCACCACAAAACCUAGCAAGGUUUGUUUUCCAGCAAAAAAACAGUCAUGGACCAGCUAUAGGAUUUUCCAGAUAAUAGUAAUUGCAUUGGUUGCUGUGAUGGCCCUUUGCAUUAUGACCAUAUGCACCCUUUAUGUACUGAGCAUCCCAGAACAAGACGUGGUCCAAUCUGGAUCCAGCAUGUCGACUAGUCGGAUAACAAUCCCUCCAUCCAUCACUCUGCCAGUGACCAUCACUAGAUACAAAACGAUGCCUCCAAACCCAAGACCAACCAAUAUCAUCCCUGAAGUGAAUUUCUGUGACAUUUUACCUUGUCACAGAACUUACUGCUGCCCAAUGCAUCAGGGAGAAAGAAGUGAGCUGAACUACCUGACAAUUAAUGCAAAGGAAGAAAGAAAUAAAGGAAAAGAACUAUCAGAACAAAACUGGAUUGAGAAGCCUGACCUUGGAAAUGACUGGACUGAUACAACAAUCAGUUCCAUGCAGAUCUUGGAGUCACAGCAGAAAAUAGACCGUCGAUAUUGCAGAAGAAACUUACAAUGUGGGUCUGGAAAUUAUAGUUACAUAAUUCCCCUUAACAAGCACACGCCACUCAAGGUAAAAAUCUCACUAGAAAUCAAUACAACAGAACCAUUGAUAAUAUUUCAAUGCAAAAUCACAUUUGGAAAGCAUUGCUUCUAUCAUCUACCAUCUCAUAAAAAGAGUGAAUCCUUUCAGGAAACCACACAGGGACUGCAGCAUCUUUGGGUUCUUCCUGUGGCUUCAUUGUACGAGAGCGCCUACCAUUUUCGUGUCGCUGUUCCUGACCUUGCUGACUGUUCAACCGAUCCUAACUAUGCUGGGAUAUUUUUCACUGAUUACUACUUCUACUUCUACCGCAACUGCUUCUGAAAGUACAGCUUGAACUCUCUUUGAAAAAGAAAGGAGAGAAGAGAAAGCCUCCUGGUGUUUCAGAGAUUUUUGUUUGUUACCAGGACUUUAUUUGUUUGUUACCAAGACUUUAUUUGGUGAUAAACAUUGACACGUGCCAUAGCAUAAAUCAUAGAAUUGGAAGAGACCUCAUGGGCCGUCCAGUCCAACCUCCUGCCAAGAAGCAGGAAAAUCACAUUCAGAGCACCCCUGCCAGAUAGCCAUCCAGCCUCUGUUUAAAAGCCUCUCAAGAAGGAGACUCCACCACACCUCCAGGACAGAGAGUUCCAUUGCCAAACAGGUCUCACAGUCAGGAAGUUCUUCCUAACAUUCAGAUGGAAUCUUCUUUCCUGCAGUUUGAAGCCAUUGUUCCAUGUCCUAGUCACCAGGGCAGUGGAAAACAAGCUUGCUCCCUCCUCCCUAUGACUUCUCCUCACAUAUUUAUACAUGGCCACCAUGUCUCCUCUCAGCCUUCUUUUCUGCAGCCUAAACAUGCCCAGCUCUUUAAAUAACUCCUCAUAGGGCUUGUUCUCCAGACCCUUGAUGGCACAUCUGCAGAAAAUCAUUCCAGUUUCUUUGCUGCUAGGGUCCAGCAUCCUUAGGAUGCUGUGUAGGUAGAAUUGGGUCCCUAAAAUGAAUUCUAUCCAGAUUAUUACCAGCCAGUAAUCAAAUUCUCCAUUGUUGGAUGCAGUGACCCUAGACAAGUGUUGUACCCCUUAUAGGCUAGAGCUGAUAGAAGAUGGACUCCCAAGGAUUAUAUAGUGCAGAAGAGAAUCAAAGUGCACAAAUGUGAACCACCUGUUCCCCAACUGCUGUAAGAGUUAUUCAAGUAGGUUAGUAAAAAGAGGCAAAUUCACUACCCCAGUUUGCACUCAGCCUUCACAUUUUCUCCUUACAUCAAACUGCUACUCUAAUACAAAAAUGUAUCAAGUAACUAAUACAAGUUUUUCUAUCUGUACCAUUGGAAGCUCAAUUUACUAUCUAAUUCCCAACACCCCUCCCAACCACCCUGCCCAGCCAUGCAAGGUAUCCUUGGAUCUUACAAGGAAGUAGUAAACAAGAUGUAUCUGACUCAGUCUCUGGUAAUGCGUAUCCCUGACCUCUGUUGUCACCGUUAAUUGAUGUGCAAAUGGCUUCGCAAUAUGAUCCAGCAUGGUGUAAUGAUUUGAGUAUUGUACUAUGACUCUGGACCAAUGUACAAAUCCCUGCUGAGCCAUGGAAACCUACUAAGUAAACUUGGACAAGUCACACUCUUUCAACCUCAGAGGAAAGGAAAGCCAACUCUCCCUCUGAACAAACCCUGUGAAGAAAAUCCCAUGACAGGUUCACCUUAAAACUGCCAUAUGUUGGAAAUGUCUUGAAGGCACACAAUAACAGCAACAAAUAGUUAGCUUAUAUUUUCUGUUGAAGUAGUACUAAAUCCAGGCUCCAAGUAGUUUUUGAACAGGCUGUUAAUUCAGGUCUGCAACACUGAUUUAUAGUCUAGGUGGGGGUGUAGGAAACUCAAUUGUGUUUAGAGGGACACUAUGCAGUUAAUGCAUAUGUGUGUGUGUGUGCCUUCGGGUUGCCUGUUGACUUAUGGUGACCCCCUGAAUUUAUUGUGCAUGAAAUCAACACAGUUCCCUGACCCACUUACACUCUUAGUUACUAGAGAACUGGCAGGCAUUUGCUGAAACACACAUACAGUACACACACACGUGCAGUGUAAAUCAAUGCUGGGAAGGAAUUAAAGCUUUUUUUUAAUUUCUCUGUGGCUUCUAUCCAGAAAGCAGUUGUUUCUCUUGACAGCUGGCUAUAGCUUCAGUUUGUCUAGAAGCAAUGAGAUUACUGUUGGCUUUUCAGCAAGGUCAUCUUUGUAUUUCAGUUAUCCUCCCAAGGCUCGUGUUGGUAACGACUCCUACCUAUUUCCAUUCAACUGGGAUCAGAAUGGUAAAUCAUAAACCUGUCCAGUUAAGGCCUUGUUAUUGCCUUGUUUCUUACAUAAGCUUUGAAACGAUUAAACUUUUUUUGAUUAGUCCUUU